GUUUCUACUAUCAUGGAUUACUUGCCAGUCGUUCGAUUAUUACCAUUAGAUUAUUAGUUAAUUUCAAUAACAGCUAAAAAUUACCAGUUAUCAUUCAAUUCCCUUUGAAUUACAAAGAUUGCUGUCAAUAAGUGUGUAUUACUCAGAUUAUUUUUAUGAAAUCUUACAAACUCGAAAAUUACACGAGACUAUUCCAUAUUGAUAAUGUACUAAAUAUACUUGUGUUAUGCUAUGUUUAUAUUUGCAAUGUGCAUCGCAAAAAAAAAACCGCACGGUAGCCCCUCCAAACAGUCUUUACCUUGGUCUUUACUUCGUGUAAAUAACUUGCUGUUUUUUUCAUGAACCGUUCUUAUUUUUCUCUAAACAAAAACGCGGCAAUUCAAACAGUAGUAAGAUCAAUUUCAGUUUUCUGUAAUUUCCGCAUUAAUCCUGACUGUAAAAAAAAAACAUACGACCAAGAGAAUGGCUAGCGCAAAUACUUUGGGAGAGUCGUUCAAGAAAGUUUUAGAAUCUCAUGGCCUAGUACAAACAGUAGUAUGGGAUUUCCUCCUGAAUACAGGAUACGAUAGCUAUGUGGCUCAAUGACCGACGCCGAUUUAAAUAUGCUGGAAAAGCAACAAAAAUUGCUUCCGGGUCACCGUUCGGCAUAAUUAGGGUAUCGCAAAUUGGUUCAAGAAAAUAACUGGACUACAUUGGAGAAUAAAUCUGCAGCACAAUCAACAAAAAAUCACUGUAUAGCUGAUUCAAAAAGGAAACUUAAUGCGCCUAAUGUGCUUACUGCGGACGAAAUUUCCAAGUUGUCUGAGCGAUUUAAGGAACGAUUAAUUCAAUGGUUGACACAAGAAGGGCAGAUUAAACAAACUGUUUCGAGAGAAGAGUUUAUCAUUAAACAAAUUAAGUCCGUUGAAGGUGAUAUCAAAUUUGGAACUAUAUGCCCAUUUUAUCGUCCAGAAAAGUCAUCAUGCUGUUUUUUACCUCGUGUUUUCGAGUAACAACAUCAAACUAUGCCAAACAUUUUACGAAAGUUCACAAGCAAAUGCUAUCCACCAUACAAAGUGGUUCAAAGCAGGUUACACUAAGACAAAUUUUUCAUAAUACUCAACAUAAAGAAACUGAAUGCAUUGUCGAGUCCGGGGAAGAACAGUUUACUGAAUUAUAUAUACCACCAAACCACUGUAAUAACGAUUUUACUGCAGACAUGCAACCUAAAGAGGAUUGGAAUUUGAAAGAGAAAUCGACAAAAGAUACAAACGAAAAAGGUAUGAGUUUCAAUAGUCGUAAUUUUUUUUAAUAAUCUGCAGUUAUUUGUUUUGUUUACGAUUAUGCUGAAAAAUUGUUUCUUGCUUAUAUUUACGAUUCUGAAAACCAACAGGGGGGCUAGUUGAGAGGCACGUCAAUGGAACCACCGAGUCUCUCAAAGCAACGGUUCCCACGAUUCGCUCUAGAUCAAAAUCUCGUCUUUUGAUACUAACCAGUACAGUGGAUAUCAAACAAUCAUUGAUUACUGACAAUGUACACACUGAAUCGACUACUCAUGAAUCGCAUAUGGAUAGUAAGCCAUCAGAUAUUUCGCCUGAUGGCAAACCAAUAAAAAGCAACAAUUCUAAAAAGAGUAUCUCUUUUGAAAAACUAAUGAACAUUUAUGAAAAUGCUAAUCACAACAAAAAAAUUAAAUUUGAUGAGGAAGUGAAACGCUAUGCAAUGUGCAUUUUUGUUACCGGAGGUAGAUCAAAUUACCUUCGUCACAUGAAUUCAUUACCGUUACCAAAGCCAUCGACUUUAUAUAAAUUUUACGCCGGACAAUCGGAAUACGUUUUGGAAGGUGUGUUAAAAACGUCCGAGUUCGCAAACUACAUAAAAAUUAGAAGAUCAUCGCAAUAUGUUUGGACAACAGAAGACACAACUGCUGUUACUAGCAGAAUCGAAUAUGAUCGUUUAUCAAAAAGAAUAAUUGGGAACAUUCUCCAAGUUGAUGUUUCAACGGGAAUGCCCAUAAUUCCGCCACUAAAAAUGCUCUCAGCCAGAGAUGUUAAGCAGCAAGCCGAGUCGAUCAAAAAGGAAACAAAUCUAAACGUAGUCAUGGGCUUCAGUUUAUCAAUACAUGCUGCCCCGUUUUGUCUCUUAGCCUACGGUAUUUCCAAGUCUCUAAGUGGAGAAACAUAUGCAACAAGAGUACAAUUCAUAAAGGACCAGCUGGCACAGCAUGGAAUUAUUUGCGUAGGAUGUUCUACUGAUGAUGCAUCUCCGUAUGUUCGCGGAAUGAAGAUUCUAAGUGGAUUGAAUAAUAAGCCUGAUGACUAUACACCGACGGAAUAUUCGCUAUGCUUGGUGUGUUCUAGUGACGAACCACUUUACUGUGUGCAGGACACAAUACAUUUGGGUGGAAAAUUGAAAAAUCGUUUUCUUGCCAUGGGGAAAAUUCAUCGUAUAGGUAAUUUAUUCAUCCUCAUCAAAAUACAUGCACAUAUAGACUUGGAAAUACCGUAG